AACCUCUCGGUUGGCAGACUAAGACAAGUUUCCGAUCAGACAGCUAAAACGUAUGAUCAUAACAUGUCUGGAAAUGGAAGCCUUUUAGCUUUGGUGUUGGUGUGGUCGACUGUGGUAGUGACCUGGAGCCAGAGACCACCAUGGAAGAUACGUGAACCUUGUUCCCUCCACGAUAUAGCCACCAUAGACGACUUGGAAGAGUUAAUCCAGCUUACUGCUUCAAGUCUUGGAGUAACAGAGAUGUCGCUACUGAGACAACUCCAGGGGCAUCUUGACGAAAAGAGGCAUUUCUUGGGGUCGCUUCAAGAACGCGGAGAAGAUAUUUCAACUUCAGAAAACCUAUUUAUUCCUAAACAUGGCCACCUUCUCCCAAUACCCCCACCAUCAUUUCGUUUGAGGCCUUUCCGAAAGCUACCGAGACGACCGGACAACACGUUUUUUUCUCAUUUAAGGACAGCGCCACCACCGGCAGGAGUACGUGUCCAAAUACUCACGGAUCCGGGUUCUGCGCCUUUCUUUGAUGUCACUGUGACGUUAUCACCAUUAAUGAGCGUGGAAGAUGCAAUUCGGCAAGCAAAUAUCAAGUACAGCCGUAUGGUGUCGCUACCAGCGGUUUCAAGUAUGAUUAAAAUACGACACUCGCAGCUACUCCAAUGCUCCAUUGUGAAAGGAAUGCCAGGCAUUUCUGGAUUUUGGAGAAUACGAGUUCUAGAUAGUGACGAAAAGGUUGUGUACGACAAUGUGUGCGUUCCUUCCCCGCAGGAGUUGCUGGUGGAACCGGGAAUGACCAUACUUCUCCAAUGAACCUCGUCCUAUCUUGGAAACCGCGAAUAUAAAACGUGUUGUUGAGUCCUGUCUUGUGACGUCAAAGUCUGUGUAGAAUUUUCUAGUCCGAAUAAAUAAAAAAAAAUAAAAUGCUUGAUUAUCUAAAUCUCGAUAAAAUGUGUACUACGUAGGAGAAAUAAAUACUAAUUAAGUCACCCAAAUCGUGUAAAGUUUACUGUAUAGUGGAAAUAAACAGUUGUGGCAAUACA